AUGGUUAGUUUAUCUGAACCAUUAGAAAGUACACUGGAAUGGGAUUACAAUAAAAAUGAUGAUACAGAACUUAUUUUUCGAUGGAAUAUUACGUUGAAAAACGGUGACAGCGGUUUACUUGCAUAUUCAAAUCAUGAUUUAGAUACGAAAAAUUUAGAUGUUAUCAUAUUUGGUAAAAAUGAUCGACUUUAUAAUGGAUAUACAGAUGAUAGAAGUUUUUUAUUUAUACCGAGAAAUCGUGUUGAAUUAAAAUAUAGUAUAGAGCGUAAAGAACGUUUUGAAAAUGGAAAAAAACAUAAGAUAACCAUACAGUUCAACCGACCAUUAGAUACAUGUGAUGAAAAACAACGGAAUUACAUUAUUGAUCGUGGAACAACUCAUUUAUUAACGGGUUCAAUAUCAAGAAAAGAUUUUCAAAAAAUUUAUCUUCGUCAUCAUAGAGUUAAAGUUGAUGUAGAUCGUAUGAGUCUAACUUUACAACAUGUUCAAUUACUUAAGAGUCAGAUCGUUCUUCCACCGGUUUCAGACGGUGCUCCAUAUCUCGAUUAUUUAAAUCAAGACAUUCUAAUACCUGAUGAAGAAACAACAUAUUGGUGUACACGCUUUGAACUGCCAUCGUUUAUUAUGGAACGACCUCAUCAUAUCAUACGAUUCGAUGGUGUUAUAUCACCACAAAGUCAAGGUAUAGUACAUCAUAUGGAGCUAUUCCAUUGUGAUGUUGAUCCUGAGAUACAAAUUCCAGCAUAUAAUGGUCGAUGUACAAGUGAACAAAAACCUAUGGGUCUAAUAUCUUGUCGUCGCGUUAUUGGAGCUUGGGCAUAUGGCGCAGCUAAUUUUUUCUAUCCUGAAGAAACUGGCGGCAUCCUGGGCGGUCCAAAAACAUCGCAUUUUCUUGUACUUGAAGUACAUUUCAAUAAUCCUUAUUUAAAAAAAGGUAUCAUUGAUCAAUCAGGUAUACGACUGUAUUAUACACCAACAUUAAGAAAAUAUGAUGCUGGUAUUAUGGAAGUUGGACUUGAAUAUAAUCCGAAAAAUUCUAUUCCACCUGACUCAUCUGCAUUUCGAAUUUCCGGCUAUUGUAAAAGUGAAUGUACUCAAGUAGGUUUACAAUCAAAUGGUAUUUUCGUAUUCGCAUCUCAACUUCAUACACAUCUAACUGGCAUAGAAACAUUUACUCGUAUUAUAAAACCAAAUGGUCGCAUCGUAACACUAAAUCUUGAUCGACAUUACAGUCCUCAUUUUCAAGAAAUUCGUCUUCUACCAAAACCAAUUAAAAUCGAACGUGGCGAUACAAUACUUCAUACAUGUAUUUAUAAUACAAAAAUGCGAACAAAUAUGACUUUUGGUGGAUAUGGUAUUAACGAUGAAAUGUGUGUCAAUUAUAUGCAUUACUAUCCAAGAAGCAGUCUUGAACUGUGUAAAACAAGUAUAAGCGAUGAUGCACUUGAUGAAUUUUUUAAAGCUACGAAAAAAUAUUUUCAUGCAAAAACAAGUAUUGAUAAAACAAUCUAUGAAAACUAUGCCUCGAUUCAUUGGACUUCAACAACAUCAUCUCUACUUCAAGACUACUAUGAAGAAGCAUCUAUUCAUCUCUCAUGUAAUGGAUCUAAUGGAAAUUACUUACUUAACUAUGAUUGGCAAAAUGAUUAUUUUCCUCUAGAACCUGAACAACGUGAUGUACCACUCGAUACAGCACUGUGCAAAUAA